GAGACGGAGAACGGAGAGGAGCUGAUUUCGCCCUGCAAAUGCGAGGGUUCGCAGAAGUACAUCCACCUUUCGUGCUUGCGACGCUGGCAACGCACCGUGCAGCUCGGAAGCUCAAAUCACCCGGAAGAUCGAGGAGCAGAAGAUCGGCACCUCGUCUGCAACGUGUGCAGAGGCAUCUUCAACCUGCCCCCUCAGGACCGAGGUGCGCUCCUGUCGGACCUCGCAGGGGCGCAACCUUCGGACGUGGCCACUGGCUUGUUGUUGGUCACCAAACGCUCGGCCGGAGAGUCCUUGGCUUCAAGCAGCCUGGACAAUUUGGCCAUACGCGCCUUUCUAGAGGCCAAAGCUGCGCACUUCCGCAGCGCUGUGUACAUCCUCACUGACAUCUCCCCCGGG